UCUCUCACAUGACGGCCAGGAGAAUGCGGAAAAGGCUCGGCAGCGGAGAAGCCGCGGCAAGAGGCGCGCUAGUUGCAGGAUGAGGAUCCUAUCGAGAGCUUAAGCCUCUUUCUAAGCAAACGGCAAUGCAAACGCUUCCCCUGCAAAGACUUUUUUGCUUCUGUGGUGCAACGGCGUGUACAGAUUUGGUUUCCUCCCCAGCGAGCGCCCGGCGGCUGCUGACAGUGUGUUUUGCUUUCGCUACUCGUCGGGUGGAGAACUCCUCUUUGGGAUCCGCUUGGUGCGUUUUAAACGCGUAAGGGAAAAGUGAGAAGUGGCUGCUGUCUCUUCCCAAGAAUUGAGGAAAGACGUGCACUUGUUUACUUGGCUGUUCCAAACCAUGGGCCAUCACGACCAUAUGUUCAAAGUGCUGAUUCUUGGGGAUGCCACAGUUGGGAAGACGUCACUGGUCCAGCGAUAUGCCAACGAUAGUUUCAACAAGCACUACAAGUCGACAGUGGGAGUGGAUUUUGCUCUGAAGGUGGUACAGUGGUCAGAGUCUGAGACAGUGAGGCUGCAGCUGUGGGAUAUUGCAGGCCAAGAACGUUUCACGUCUAUGACUCGGCUGUAUUACAAAGAGGCAUCGGCCUGUGUGAUCAUGUUUGAUGUCACCAGUAUUGGCACGUUCGCCAGCUGCCAGAAAUGGAAGUAUGAUUUGGACAGCAAGCUGAAGCUGCCGGAUGGAAGCCCCAUUCCUUGUCUCCUGCUGGCUAAUAAAUGUGACCUUUAUCCAUGGGCUGUGACCAGAGAAGAAAUUGAUCGGUUCAGUAAAGAGAAUGGCUUUACCGGAUGGACUGAAACCUCUGUCAAGGAAAACAAGAAUGUAAAUGAGUCAAUGAGAGUCCUUAUUGAGAAGAUGAUGGUGAUGUUGUUGUCGUCGUCAGGUGAUACGGACGUCACUGUUUCAGGCCGUGGAGACUACAUCAAUCUACACCAAGCUGCAGCCGCACCCAAUUGGGGGUGCUGCUAGUUGCACCUCCCUAGACUUCUGCAUCUGAUCAGAGGUCGAGAGCACCUUUGAAACUUAAUACGGGCUUUUCUUCAGAAGUAGUACUGAACUGCCUCAUGGCAUUACUAUAAGCGGCAAUAUAAGACCAAGGCAUCCCAGGAAGGUCGAUGGAAGCCACAGUCUUCCCUGCUUAUGGGCCAUUGGGGUACACUUCUGCCAUUCUGUGUUCCUCAUUGCAAGUUGGGCUAACUUGGAGGAGGUUGUUCUGCUCGCUGCAGCCUUCUGUACUUGUGGGAAAGUCUCCACCACAGUUGAUUGAAGAUUACGCAGCAGGAAGGCCACAAGGAGCUCUUAAAGCAAAGCCCCAGGUAACCUGGCUGUGUCUAACCAGCGUACGUGCUAAAUCUUGCACUUUGAAGCAGACUGCCUUUAAUGUAUCCUCUGCGGAAACAUGCUGUGAUUAUCCCCCCUUGUGACACAGCUGCACAACUCCCUCCUUCCACAGCCCUUCUUGAGGUGCCAUAUUUGCCAGGAUAAGCCUAUUGCUGCUUUUGUGUGUGUGUUUUCUGAGAAUGGCUACAUUUAAGCUGAAGGAAAAAACACAAGGGACUCUGGCCUUUCUUUUUGUCCCUGCUUUUAUAAGGGAGAUACAAUUGUCAGGUCCUUUUCCUGUGACUAUUUCAUUAGUGAGCCCAGCAAUGAAUUGAGGUAAAAGCUGUAAACUGCUUUGCAUUGAUGCACCUUAUUAGAGCAGGAGCAAUGUUUUUAUGUUUUUAUAGCCCUUUCCCUGGUAGGAUCUCAUUUGCCUCUUUCAUAUUCUGAUAAAUUACUUCCCCCUCAGAGGCCGUAAUAUGUGGGUGUAGAUAGCCACCAUGCAAUGCUAUCUCGAAAGCACGCCAAUGGGUUUUAGUGAACCGAGGGGGUAAACACAGAAUAGGGAACACAGCAGGACAGAAGGCAAGAAUUAAAUCUCUCCUGUACCUUUUUGCUACCAGCCAUUUUCUUCCCUUUUAAUAUAUAGCAGAUAGACUUUGUUUUUGCAGAAAAUACAAAAUUGUAACUUACCAGCUUUUAAAAAUUACUAAUUCAGGAAGGUUAACUUUUCAAAAUGGUGAGUUGUAGUAGGGUGCUUAAAUUUCUUAAUCUAUUUUUUAAAAAUAAACAGCCAAGGAGAUGCAUGUGUAAUGGGUAAAAUAUUCCGCGGAUGAAUAAUGUGUCUAUAUUCAACCAAACUCUGAAAUUUCCUGGAUGAUUGGUUAAAAGCAAAUCUAUUCAGGCCAAAAAAGAAAGAUCUAUUAAAGCCUUGCAAUGUUUGAAUCUUUGCCUGAUAACAUUACAGUUAUUUCAAACUGUCUGUUCAAAUAGGGUAAUGGGCACAACUUCUGGAUAAGAUAUAAAAUAUAUAUUCGGACUAUUUUCUCAGUUAUGUAGACAACAAGGCACAUUAUUUAUCCAUUGGACUUGUUCUUGUUAUAGGAUAUUACAAGUUAUGUAUUUUGUAAAUAAAGUUUAUUAAACAGUUGCUGCUAAGAAAGAUAAUGACAGUGGAUGGGGAGCUGGAAUCUCUCUAGAUAUUGUUCAAGAUGGUAAUAACUUUAUUUUUAGUGUUUUUAAAUGGUGGUGAAGGACAUCUUUCUUUGCACUGUUUCUGAAUACUGCAGGUAGGAGUACUGACCACAGAGAAAUUCAAGCUAAAUGCUUUUAAAGGGGAUGCUAUAUAGACCACUAAUGUGGUGCCCUCCAGAAGAUUUGGACUACAAUUCCCAUCAGUUGGAACUGUUGGGACUUGUAGUCCAAAACAUCUGGACAGCACCAUGUUAUUGAAGAGGGAUCUAUAGAAAAACAAUGUCAGAUAACUUGGUUGUGUUUCGGUAUAUUCAAAUAUCUCAUUGUACUCUUUGAAAUGGGAGCACAACAAAACUAGCCUCAGAUUGCUACUGUGCAAUUGGAAGUACAAAUUACAAAGAUUUGAGGACUUUAAAACUUCUGCCUGCACUAAUUAAGUAAGUGGUAGGAGAAGAACCUAAGGGCUUUCUAGAAAUGGUUCCUUUUCCACAUGAUGGUGAAAGUCUAUAUCAGGAGUCCCCAGACUUACCAUGCUUUGGGCCGGUGCCUGAAGCGCCGAUCCUGCGGUGGGCCGGAGGGCAGGGGAGCACGCGCCCAUGCACCUGCGCCCAUGCUAUUUCCAGUGCACCUCCGGGUCACCGGAGAACUGGAAAUGGCUUGUGCACAUGCGCACGAGCCUCCAACCCAGAAGUGCACUGGAAAUGAUGUGUGCGCAUGCGCGCAAGCUAUUUCCAGUCCCCCAGCGACCCGGAAGUGGGUCGCUGGACCGCUAAGAGCGAGCGGCAGGGGUCGCCAGGGGCUGGAUAAAUCGGUCCUUUGGGGACCUCUGGUCUAUAUGAUACAGUCAUACACCUGAACUACAGCACUAGCCCUUCCACUUUGUACCAUUUUUGAAAAGUGGUAUAUAUAAUGCAGAAUUUGACAGCUGCCUGGCAGAAAUUACUGCUGGGUUAUUGGCACACAGAUCCAUUGGACAUGAGCUGUUUCAAGCAACAUCUCUGACAGCCAUGAUCUAUAAGGGAAAGAUUUAGCACAUCUCCCUUUGCCUAAUGUACUUGUGCACUGGCUUACAACUGCUGUUUGAUUGUCUAGAUUAAUAUAUCUGUAGGGAUCUGUGCAAUGGCAUUGGAAGGCAUUUGAGGUCACUAAGCCUGCCUUCCCCGACCCAGUGCCCUCCAACCACUGUUGGACUCCAUCAGCCCCAGCCAUCAUGGCCAAUGGUCAAGGAUGAUGGGAGCUGUAGUCCCACUAGGUUGGGUGAAGUUGUAGGACCCCCCCCCCAAUCUGUGUGAACCCAUGUAUAGCAUUGUAUAGGUAGACAGUUGAGAAUAUAUGCACAUUAUCUUUUCCACAUCCAGUUCUAUUUUUGCGCCCUUUGAAUAGCUGAUGAGAAAAUUUAAAAUCUCUCAAGCCACUAUCUCAUGGAGCUACUAUAUUCUUGACUUGUGAACAUACAAAGGCAGCUAGGGAAACAGCUGACUUUCCAAAGGGCUGUCUUUAGAGGACCAACUGGAAUGCAAGGUAUACAAUCAAAACACUAGAACUUUCACGUUUGAAAGGGUGCUUUGCAAAAACAAGAGAUGUCUCAGUGUUUAAACCCUAUGUGUGUUGGUCCUAAGUGCUGUGCAAAACUCUUUCUGCCAAGACAUAAUGGACAUGUUACCUCGCUUGAAGUGCUUAUUUUAUGUAAGCUUUUAAAAUAAAAACAGAGCGGUGUGUUUUGUUUUUUACAACUCAUGCUAUACUGAUUUGCUUCUGAUCUAAAACUUUUAUGCCAUUUUUUUUCUGGUUGUAAGUAAACUGAAAGCAAUUUGGUAGAGAGAGGCUCAAAUGAGAGCUGCUGUUUCCUUUUAGGAGGGGUGCAUUUCUUCUUGGAAAUUCCUAAACCUUCCACUUAGCAUACAAGAAAAGCUGUCUUGGUAGCCUUAAGCAGAGUUUGUAAAUUCAUUGUGUUUUAUUUAUGGCUCAAUCCCCUCCCUCUCUCCAUCAGAUUGCAGUUCUUUGAUUGUAAGCCAUGAGAUUCUCUAAAUGGUUGUCUUCAUCCAGAUGGUAUUCUAGGGCUACCUAUAGGCCAGAAUAAAUUCUUCUACCCCCCCCCAAAAAAAAAAAUUAAAGUAUGAUGUAGGAUUUAUUAUAAUUAAAUCCUUAUUCUGGUAUGUAGCUGCAUUGCCUAUGUGUAGUACACAAUUCCUGCCACUUCCCCAGAGAGUACAAAAUCACACUCAAUUAAGCAUGGGUACUGUGGAGACUGGAUGGGCUGAAUUAAGAUUCCCAUCCCCACCGGUUUGCACCAAGCAGUGCCUUAGUAAUAUGGUUUGAUAUCUGGGACAUGUCCACAUGAGAGGCUUAAUCCAGGUUUUGAUGGCUCAAGAAUGCAUAAAAGAAAAUGCAUUUUAGCACAAAUAGAAAUGUUUUAAUCACCCCUUUGCCAAUCAGCACUAUUUUAGCACGGUCGUUUUCACUCCCACCACCCCAAAAUUUUAGUUAGUGCUAAAUAUUUUAACCUACUUCUUGAAAAAGUUAUUAAAGCUAUCAUGCAAUAUAAAAGCACUUUAGCAUAAAUUGAACAUUUCCCUAAAAACAAGAGUCUAAAUAAAAGGGGUUUUUAAAUUAGAAAAUCAUAUUCUCUUACUUGUGCCUUCCUUACCUACAUGACUGUCACAUUUACUUGUCUGGAUGUUACACUGCAUGAUUUAUGCAGAGCAAGAGUGCCAUUCUUCCCUGCCCCACGGGGGGAAGUGUAUGGACCACCUUCCAUCAAUUUGAACAAUGGUCAUUGAAAACUCACCUCAAACAGUUGGUGUUUUUUUUUUCAGAAUCUCACAUAUUUAUAAUACACAUUUGAAUUGCAUUAUUUUAUAUUUGUUCUUAUGUCAAAGAGACAAAUGAGAUUUUAGUUGUGUUGUGUUCAUAACCAAUGCAGUGUUGGAAAAACUGAAAAUAAAUCUGAAAUCAGCCUGACUUUGCUUGUUCACAUCUACUGGUUUCUCAGUUUAUGCAGUUGUGGGAUGGAACUGUGUCUGUUAUCCAGACUUUUUUGCUUAUUGGGUUUGACUAGAGGUGGAUUCCAUUUUGUGUCUCAAGUCUUUUGUGUGACGUAAGUUGCUAGAACAACCCUAAAUACCGGUAUGUGCAUACUGGUAAAUUUGCAGUAAUUUCCAAAUGAUGAAUUCUGGAGGACUAUGGAAACCCCUCUGGUUAAAUCAUCAGGUCUUUUGGACUAGGUGCUUUUUAAGAAGAAUUUGGUUGUGGAAGAAUUUGGGAAGGAGGUGUGGCAGCUAGCAGCUACUGUAUAGGUAAAGUAAGGGGUUUCCUAUAAUGUUGGUUAAAAUAGCAGGUGAAUUGCUUCCUGUUUUUCCCCAAAAUAUUGCAAAACUUUGGAGGAGAUUUAGGUGGGAGAGCUAGUGACAGUUGGGCAUUAAGUUUAGUCAUGGAUAUUGAUUGUACUAUUCUUCAUUGGGUAAUACCAUUGGGAUCUAUUCAACUAAGCAAAAAGUUCUGUCACCACAAGGAUUUCUGCUUUUGCAAUGGAAUGAUCUCUCCUCUCCUCACCCCAUUCAGCCCUGAAUCUGUUCUGGGGGCUCUACCAAGCUUCCAGAGCAGAUCUAGGAACAGCAGGGCAGGGAUCCCAUUCCACUAGUGCUAAUCCUUGCAUUAGUGCAACUAUUUAGUGAAAUACUGCCUUUGAACAUUUUAUGUGUACACUGGUUUUUCCCUAAAGAUUGCAGAAAUAGUUGCACUUCCAGUACUAUGAAGAAAGUAACUGAUGAUGGCUGGCAUCUGUUUUGACCGCUUUAUGUUGGUCGUGAAAAACUCCAUCAGUAUGAACCCAGAUUUUGUGUUGGCACAGAUCACACUAGAGGUGAGUGGUCAGUCCUGACAUUCUGCCCUGAAUGUGGGUGGUGUGCAUUUUUAUGGUGGUUCAACUUGCCACUUGAUGAUCUGAUAAGAAUAAGAUGAACUGACAUGACUUAUGAGGCAUUCAUUCGGUCAUGAGCAAGUGCAUAGGUUAAUUUUUAUCAAUAGAUCAAGACAGUUUGCAUGUAAGGAGCAAAAUAACCCUCAGCAAAGUCUGUUUUGUUCCCACUGCAACGGUUUGAUUGUGGAUCAGCAAUAUUCACAAUUGGGCUUCACUACACUGGAAUCUACACAGAACACUGGCAUUUAUGGACUGAGUGUUGUGCGUCAUCCUAUAUGGCAACAAUGAAUUUGCAAUAAAGCAGGUGAUUGAAAUUGCCCUUUAAGAGACCAUAUAAAUCACCAAGCACUUCCAGCAGUAAGGAUUUCUUUCCUGAAUGUCAUGAAAACACACUGGAGAAUUCGAAAAGUUUAUUAAACUGGUGGUUGCUGAUCAAGAAUUACAGGAGUUAAUAUUGCUGGCAGAAUAUUAGUCAUGAUGAAUGAGCUGGAGGGGUAGGAAGUUUUUCAGAUAUCAGAUAUUUAAGUUUUAAGUUCACAGCAGAGGAGUAUUGAGAAAGGAGAUAUAAAAAGGCAGAAGAAAUCCAGAAAUAAGAAAUGAGUAUGGUGCCCAUUGAGGGGAGAACAGAACAUGGAGUCGGAAUGUGGAGGCAUCCAGUGAAAUUAAUGUAUGGCAUGGAUUGCUUUGUUCUUUGCUUUAUUUACAGUAUGUUCAUUGACUUCUUUAAUCAAAAGACUUCAAUGGAACUUACACUCUAGUAUGUGACUUUCGGACUGCAGAUGGACAGAGCAAUCCCAAUCCCGCUGGGGGUUGCUGGGAGGGGUUUGGAUGCUCCGGAGGUGUGUCUUCUGCACCUGAAGAACAGAGUAUUUUGGGAAAGGAGGCAGUGAGGGUGUGGAGUUAAGCCAGCCAAAGAUCCACUGCAUUCUCAGCUGGUCCAGCUACCAGUGAUGUGCUUGUCUGCUGUGGGCCAUCCUGGAACUGGUGCAAUGAAAAUCAGCACAAUUACAUUCCCGAUCUUCCCCGAGCAGUGGGUC